AUGGGAGGGGUUACUUCAUCGAUCGCUGCUAAAUUCGCAUUUUUCCCACCAACACCACCGUCUUAUGGUGUUGUAGCUGACGAUAGCUGCGGCGGACGCUUAUACAUACCGGAAAUUCCGCGGCGGGAUGAUGUCGACGUCCUCAAGCUCCGUACUCGUUCUGGCAAUGAGAUCGUGGCGGUUUAUAUCAAACAUCCCAAAGCUAAUGGUACGCUUCUGUAUUCACAUGGUAACGCCGCCGAUUUGGGACAAAUGUUUGAACUUUUUGUCGAGCUCAGUAAUCGCCUUCGCGUUAAUCUUAUGGGGUAUGAUUACUCUGGUUAUGGUCAGUCUACUGGACAGGCAAGCGAGUGUAAUACAUAUGCUGAUAUAGAAGCAUCAUAUAAAUGCCUAAAGGAACAGUAUGGCAUAAAAGACGAUCAACUGAUUUUAUAUGGUCAGUCUGUUGGUAGUGGACCCACGGUUGAUCUAGCUUCGCGCACACCUAACUUAAGAGGCGUGGUUUUACAGUGUCCUAUUCUGUCUGGGAUGAGGGUUUUGUAUCCGGUGAAAUGUACAUAUUGGUUUGACAUUUACAAGAAUAUUGAUAAGAUCGGUGCAGUUAACUAUCCUGUAUUAGUAAUCCAUGGAACUGCGGAUGAAGUGGUUGAUUGUUCUCAUGGAAGACGGCUCUGGGAACUCAGCAAAGAGAAGCAGCAAAUGAGACAGAACAAACCUACGACUAUAAGAAUCGCCACUACCAAUCCAGAAGCAACCACAAUGCCUAGAGACGGAAAAAAAAAUUUUCAUAAGAAGACUGAUGUUGCGUAUGCUAUUUCCAACCAAAAGGUGGGUGGGUGUGGAGAUUUGGGGAAGGGACAAGUGGUUGUUCUUGUGGAAGAACAUUAG